AUGAGUUCACGAGCUGCUCAACUCCAUGGCUGGCCGGUGAUCGUGGAUUCCAGCUACUCGUUCCUUUCUCUCGUUGUUUGCUCGGUUGGUGCUGGAGGCCGACGCCUUCUCCGGUUCUCCCUCUGCUGGUGCUGGAGGCUGGCCGCUGGAGACCGCUGGAGCGCCGUCGCAGCCGGCAGCGUCCACGAGCUAGAGCGCAGCCGCAGCGUCCACUCCUUCUGUGCUUACUGUUCGUGUCGUGCAGGAGUUGAAGGCAUUGGCGUGAACUACGGCACGAUCGCCAGCAACCUGCCAUCCCCCGACAAGGUGAUCGCGCUGUGCAAGGCCAAGGGCAUCACCGACGUCCGGCUCUUCCACCCGGACACCGCCGUCCUGGCGGCGCUCCGAGGCUCGGGCCUGGGCGUCGUGCUCGGCACCCUGAACGAGGACCUGGCCCGCCUGGCCUCCGACCCCUCGUUCGCCGCGUCGUGGGUGCAGGCCUACGUGCGGCCCUUCGCCGGCGCCGUCCGCUUCCGCUACGUGGCCGCGGGCAACGAGGUCGUCCCGGGGGACCUCGCCUCGCACGUCCUUCCGGCCAUGCAGAACCUCGAGUCCGCGCUCCGUGCCGCUGGGCUCGGCGGCGUGCGGGUCACCACCGCCGUGUCGACGUCCGUGCUGGGAACCUCGUACCCGCCGUCGCAGGGCGCCUUCUCCGACGCGGCGCUGCCGUCCAUGGGGCCCAUCGCGUCGUUCCUGGCGCCCAGGUCCACGCCGCUGCUCGUCAACGUGUACCCUUACUUCGCCUACUCGGCCGACCCGGCGUCGGUGUCGCUGGACUACGCGCUGCUGCGGUCCGACUCGGGCGGCGGGGCCGUCGUCGUGGCGGACGGCGGGGCGUCGUACGGCAACAUGUUCGACGCCAUCGUGGACGCCGUGUACGCGGCGCUGGAGAGGGCCGGCGCGCGGGGCCUGGAGCUGGUGGUCUCGGAGACCGGGUGGCCGUCGGGCGGAGGCGGCGCCGGCGCAAGCGUGGGUAACGCGUCGGCGUACGUCAACAACGUGGUGCGCCACGUCGGGAGCGGCCGCGGCACGCCGCGGCGGCCCGGGAAGCCCGUGGAGGCGUUCAUCUUCGCCAUGUUCAAUGAGAACCAGAAGCCCGAGGGCGUGGAGCAGCACUUCGGCAUGUUCCAGCCGGACAUGACCGAGGUGUACCACGUCGACUUCACGGCAGCAUCUUCCUCGUAGACGAAACAACGUACGUACUGCGCUGCACGGAUUAAGGACACACAAGUUGGCAUUUUUUUUUGUAAAAAAAAGUUUUUAAUGGUCUCGUAUCGACGUCGAUCUGCAUUAUUGUGCACGAACUAUUAGGAUUUGGGAGAUUAUUACUCGCAUCUAGUAACCAGUAGGGUUUAUCGAAAGGUUGGGUCGGCGAUUGUUGGUGACAUUAUUUGCACAAAUGAGUGCAUCUUAAAGCAUCAACCAACGUCACGUUACUAUACAAUGCAAUACUGCAUAUAUUAUCAAUAUAUAUAG